AUGCGCAGGCCGGGGGCGGGAGUGAGGGGGGGCGAGGUAGUCGGUGGGAAGGAAGCUGCGGGCGGGCUGCAAGGAGGUGUUGGACAGAGAUUGUAUUCAAAAGUGCACCACGCUUGCUUUAAGAAAUGUAGGCGCCCAGGAAGGAUGCUUAAUCCAGGUUCCGCUGCUUUGGAUGACAUUAUAGCCCUUAGAAACACAGAAACUGGCACCAAAGAAAAAAAGAACGAGAACCAUAGCAAAAAGAACUCAAGUUCAAGACUGCAAUCAAAUGUUAACAGGAAUCACCGCCAUCGCUGGCAGAGAGGAUUCAGAGACAACUUGAAGGAGAAAAUAAAUGAUAAUAAAUCAAACAAAGACAAGUCUGGACAAAGCUCUUCAAAGAGGCAGCCUUCACUUGAUCAGGAGAAGUCCAAUGGCAAUUAUAAGGCAGAAUCAGAGAAGAAUCAAGUCCAAUUGGAGGAGAAACAUCAAUCACAAGAAAAUCAACACAAAUCCAAAGGAAAUCAAGGCCAAUCAGAGAGAUCUCAUGGCCAGCACAAGAGUUCUCAUGGCCAAUAUAGGAAAACACAUGGCCAAUCAGAGAGAUCUUAUGAAUACACAGAAAGAUCUCAUGACCACUCAGACAGAUCUCAUGACCACUCAGAGAGAUCACGUGGUCACUCAGAAAAUAUCAUGCCCUGUCAGAGAGAUCUUAUGACCAAUCAGAGGAAUAUCCUCACCUAUCAGGGAGACUUCAUGGCCAACCAGAGAGAUACCAAAGAUACUUACCAGCAAGAAGAUUCAGAGAAUCACCCGAGUCUGAGUUUGACUUUGACAG